UCGCAAAACGUAAACAAACAACCGUGCCGACCGAGAAGGUAGAAGGACGUACCGAAACACCGGCAGCGCGGCACGGUGCCAAGCAGCAGGCGCGUCAUAAAUCGUUCCUCAUCAACACGGAAUCGCAUUAUCCUUCGGAAAAGUUUCGUUUUCGUGCCCCAGUCCGGGGAGGGGUGGUGUUAUUUAUUUUCCUAUUGAUUCCAACGCCGCCGAAGUUGCGCUUAUGUAACGGACUUAGUUCGCUGCGGAUAAAUAGUACCACCGCGAAGUAGCCUGAUGGCGGGCCCGGUACGACAAACCGCGUGCAGAUUGCUAUCGGCCGUCGCUGGCAGCGGUAGUAGCGGUGCUGUGUCGGACGAUUGUGUCGGUGCGAUGGCACGGAUCAUACCGGGAAUAUUCAAGCACUCGCGCUGCCGGAACAGCGUCUACCCGCACAGUGACGUCCGGCGGUACCCGGUGCCGGACGAGUCCGUCUUCUGGACGCAAACGUACGCCGACUAUCAGCCACCGGUGCACGAAUCGCCCGUGCUCCAAGGGAAAGAGUGGGCCGAUCCGGAUAUUGAUAAUCCUUCAUUCAAACCGAACUGGAACGAGCUGGACGGGAAGGUCAAUCGGGUGAGCUUCAUCGGGGCGUACGAGAUCCGGGACGGUUGCCCGCUCAACCCGUUCGGCCGCACCGGCAUCCGGGGGCGCGGUGUGCUGGGCCGCUGGGGCCCGAACCAUGCGGCCGAUCCGGUCGUAACGCGCUGGAAGCCGGACGGCCCGGACGGCCGCCCGCUGGUGCACCCGGCCAGUGGCAAGCGCGUGCUGCAGAUGUGCGCCAUCGAGCGGCAGGACUGUGGCGAGUGGGCCAUCCCGGGCGGCAUGGUCGACCCGGGCGAGAAGGUAAGCGCGACGCUGCGGCGCGAGUUUCUCGAGGAAACGAUGGACAACGAUGCGGGCGAGAUGGCGGGCGAGGUGGAGCAGUUCUUUGCCGCCGGGACGGAGAUCUACAAGGGCUACGUGGACGAUCCGCGCAACACGGACUGCGCGUGGAUGGAGACGGUGGCGGUGAACUUUCACGACCGGACGGGCUCGGUCGUGGGCCGCUUCCCGCUGCACGCCGGCGACGAUGCGGCCCAGGUGCGCUGGAUGGACGUCGGCGAGGGGGUGAAGCUGUACGCCAGCCAUUCGAACAUUGUCAAGCGUGUGGUCGAUAUGCUGGAGGCUCACUGGUGAGGGGCGGCGCGCGCGGGUGAAAAUCGUAAAGCAAAAGCGGCAGCAAUGAUUGGCACGCACGGCAAUCGGCACACGGUAGAAGGUAGCUGUUUGACCUUCGUGCAGUCAUACAGACAGACAGACGGGACAGGCUUUCGCACAAACGAUCACGAAAUAAACGCCUUUUUCGGUUUACUCUACAAUGUUGCACA